GUCCGUAUGCUCUUGCAACUUGGCAACCCGGUCAUCACAGGUUUCUCAUAUGUCGGCCGAUCAGACAGUUACCAGACCAGCACUUGGUCCUUAGGAGAGGAAUACAUCAAAGAAUACAACGGCUGGUUCCUGCAGCAACAAAGACAGUUUUUCCUGGGACGGGAUACUUUUAAUAACUUUCUGAACUUCAUGGGCCACCUAUCCUAUCAGUGUGACAAGCUUUUAGAGGACAAAGAGAUGAUAACUUUCUUACAGAGGGGACUCUAUGACACCGCCAUCAUUGAUGCUUUUAACCCAUGUUCCUUCAUCCUGGCACGCAAACUUGGUGUCAGCUACAUAGCUUUCUAUCCUGGCACUCUGAAUGGUCCCCUAUCCAUUGCUCUCCCAAGUCCAGUUUCCUACAUCCCGGUCUUUGGCUCCCAGCUGUCUGACCACAUGAACCUCUGGGGACGAGCAAAGAACCUCUUAUAUUCACUCCUGGCACCUGUAGGUCAGGAAUGUGUAUGGUCGAAAUUCAGAGAAGUGGCUGAGCGCCACCUUGAGUCAGGCUCACCCCCCAGUGGACUAGAGGAGUUACAUCAAGGAGCUGAACUCUGGGCCUUCAACACAGACUUUUCCCUGGAGUUCCCACAGCCACUCAUGCCCUACACUGUGCUGGUGGGAGGUUUGCUAAAUACACCUGCAAAGCCACUAGAACAGGAUCUUGCAUUGUGGAUUUCCAGUUUUGGAGAGGCAGGUUUCAUAGUUGUCACUCUGGGAUCAAUGGUUUCUUCGGUCUCUGUUGACCCUCUGCUCAAGGAGCUAGUGGCUGGCUUCUCCAGGAUUCCACAGGGCGUGCUCUGGAGAUAUGACCAAAAGCAAUGGCCAUCUCAGUUGGACAUACCUCCCAACCUCAAGCUGGUGGAUUGGCUGCCUCUUAAUGACCUUUUGGGACACAAAAAAGCACUUCUAUUUAUCACCCAUGGUGGCCAGAACAGCCUGCUCCAGGCAGUGUACCAUGCUGUUCCAGUGCUGGCAAUCCCCCUGUUUGGGGACCAGUUUGAUAAUGUUGUGAGGGCUGAAACAAAGGGACUUGGCCUCAGCAUCCACCCCACACACGUCACUAGAGAGCUGCUGAGCUCCACCAUUCAGACACUAAUACAAGACAAGAGGUUCAAGUCUUCAGCUGUGUCCCUGAGCAGGAUACACAAAUCACAUCCUGUCCCUCCAGCCCUUCGAUUGGUCCAGUGGGUGGAGCACAUCCUGUACACUGGAGGUGGAAAACAUCUAAGGCCGACGUCACUAGAGCAGCCAUGGUACCAGAGAUACCUGCUGGACUUGCUGCUUCUUCUCCUCCUGGGGCUUCUGGGACCUGCAGUUCUCUUUUGGACGUUGUGUAGGAACAAGAAUAGCAGGGAUAAACACAAAAAGAUACAAAAGCAGCACUAAACAUUCUCUCUUCAGCUCACCUCACCUCAGAUCCAUGACUCAGUUCUGUGGUACUAAUAUGAUGAAAAAUAAAUUAAACUCUAAUAAUCCUGAAGAUAGUCAAUAAAUAAACAAUGCUUGCUGAUGCAUGCAAUGAUUCAAACUAUUAACAUUAAGUACAUAAAACAAAAGAAUGAUCACAGGCUGACGGGUUCUCCUUUAGGCCUUUCCGGGGUAUUAAUUCCUCUGGUGGAAGAAAUUUGACUUAAUUUGUUGCUUUUUGAAAUGAUAUUCCCUUUAGCCUUCAAAAGUAAAACUACAAAAAAUAAGUUGAGAAUCAAACUUAAAAUAAAACUGAUUUUCAUUUUAGAAUACAUGAAUUAGAAUUUAAAAACAAGCCGUCAUCCCUGUUGCUCUGCUUUGCUUUUUAUGUUAAGUACUUAUUGUGUUUCACUUUCUGUAUUUCCAGUCUCACUUAAGUGGAGUACCCCUCAUGCCAAGUGUCCUGCCCUCCACCCGCCAAGCGCCACCAUGUCUACCAGACGUCUAAUUUGUACCACAGCGCCACAUUGUCCGACACCUCUGUGCUGCUUUGACCUGGCUGUGCAGCAAGCAGGGGUGUCAGACAGUACGCACGCAAACACGCACUCUCCAACUAAGCGGUUCCUUUGUGUUGUUGAAUAUUUCCAAAUGGCAGCAAGCCAUGUUAGUGUAGAUGAAUGAAUGUUGAGAAUGUUUUUGAGUGCUGCUUUGCUUGUGUGGUUUUGGUGUUAGUGUAGACAGUUUGUUGAUAGUCAAAGAAUAUACCUGAAUUCUCUUCUAUCUGUUCCAUUUUUAAGGUUAGUGUAUGUACAUGUGUGUGAAUGUGUGUUUUGGGCAGCGUUAUGGUCUACUGGCUGUUCAGCUAUUAACCACCAGCACCACCUGCGAGUCUCAACUUUGACCCCCACUCCCUCCUCUGCUGGUUUCCACUGAGUCUCCUUCCCCUUUCUAAACAAGACACAAAAGCGCACAGCAAUGUUCACGGUCAGCGCCCCAGCCACUGUUGAUAGCAGACCAGGCCUUGGUGGACCCCCUACCCUACCCUCCCCUUCCUCACAUCUGUGUUGGGGGUUAGCAGGGAGGAAAAUAUAGAUUAGCAAGAAAAUAAUGACCAAUUAGGAUGCCUUGUUCUCCAUCCAUUCAGCUGUCCAUUCCUUCCCUGUAUUUCAUUUGUCUGUUUGUCUGGCAGUUGCAGGUGCCAGUGAGUCUUCCUCUGUCUCGCACGCAAUCCAAAAGAGGCAGGGCGAAGCGGCUUAAGCAUGACAGUGGAAAUAAAAGGCGGGGGAAUAAUGCUAACAUUAAUGGAGCAAAUGAAGAAUACACUCAAGCAAAAUCAGAAAGACAAAAUAAAAACCAAUCAGAGUAACAGUUACUGAGUGGGAGGAGUAUCUUUGCACUGCAAGUUUUUAGGGGUCAGUGCAAUGGCCUCUACACUGAUUGAAGGUUAAAAUAUUAAACAAGUACAAUAAAAAUAAACAGGGAAAUGAGAAAAAACUAUUGGACAGGCUCCAAAGUAAGUUCUUACUAAUCUGCAAUCGGGGUAAUUGUGCAAAGACAACAUAUCCAAUAUUGAAACAGAAAUAUCUAAUUGUUUUGGUUCUUGUCCAAUAUAGGAUAUCAGGUGUUCAACAGUUCAGGGUUUCCUUAAUCAUAUUUUUGUGAUGAUGUGCCAAAAUGUUUUUGGAUGGCAGCAUAUGUUGUUCCAAAACCAGUAAAUAUUUUUCAGCAUUAAUGGUGCCUUCCAAGAUGUUCAAGGUACUCGUGCAAUAGGCACUUAUGCAUCUUCAUACCAUUGAGGAUGCUGGAUUCUGAACAGUGCACUGAUUUCAAGCCAGGAUGGUUCCUCUUCUCUUUAAAACAGAGGAUGCGGUUGUUCGCAUUGUGCAGUUUUAACUUGCACUAGGAACAUUAUUCUGGAAUUGAUGGACUAUUUCCUUAAAUGGUCUCUCGUAGAACAGUGAAUGUCUUCCCAUCUUCUACUUUUGAGAGACUCUGCCUAUCUGGAUUUCCUUUUUUUAUAACCAGUGAUGUUACUAACCUGUUGCAAAUUAACACAAUUAGUCAGGAGGACUUCCUCCAGGUGUCUUUAUAAGCUUUACACAACUUUUUCAGUGUUUGUUUGCCCUGUCCCAACUUUUUUGAAACAUGUUGCUGGCGUCAAAUUUAAAUGAGAGCAUAUU